GGACAUCUUAUCACGAUGUAUCACGAAACAAUAUAAAGGUUAGAUACCUGGCUUUUUUCAAGUCAUUCUCUCUCGUGGAGGACAUACGCGUAACAUCCUAUUGAAUACUGACAUAAACAUGGGAAAAUAUGGCGCCUUACUAUUACCGCUUGCUGCAAUCAUGCUUUGUAACGUUGCAUGUAAUGAAGAUGGGCCAACAGUGAAGGUUACAUACAUGAAAAAAUAUAAAGUUGAGGAAUAUUUUACCAGAAAGCCUAACAAUCAUGUCUCUAGAAUAAAGAAACAUUUAAAAGAUCUGACAAAUGUCGUUAAGCACUACAUGGAAAACACGCUAUUGGCUACAGAAGAUGCGAUAAUUUUGAAUGGGACCUUAAAAAGGAUUCGAAAAAUAAAGAUGAAAUUAAGGGCGUUUUUUCAAAUGAAAAACGAUUUUAAUUUUAAAAAGAUACAACUGGAAUUGGCUCUUGCAAAACAAUCGUUGCAUUUAUUCCGAGGAGAAAUAGCAGACAUAAAGACUCCACUGAAGAAACUAACAUGGUAUUGGAUAAAGGGUCAAUACGAAAGUCCAAUCUCCAUUUCUGAAAUUUCAAAAUUAUUAAAUGAGACAACUGAACGCAUACGUAUUUACCAAAACCGAUUGUCAGACUUCUUAAGAACAAACAUAUCAUAUCCUAUAUCAAAGGAAACGGCAGAGUUCCAGAAUACAGCACUUGCUAUAGAGAAUUUCUACCCAGUUGUAGAAAAAAUGGCUAAACGAGCUAAUUUGACAUUGAAACAGAUUAAGCGUCUAAAGAUUCCAGAAUACAAAA